AUGUACACUCUCGCCGACCUUGAUGCCAUAUUUACUGAACCCCAGGCUUCAGGUGUUCCACGUGCACAACCAGAAUUGACCUCCUCCAAUGGCUCCACUCAACAAAACAUUGAUUUGACUCUUAUGGAGCCAGACGAAAUACUAAAAGACGUCAUUCUGCCCCCCUCUUUUGACCGAAACAAUAUUUUUGAUGUUCAAAGUAUGGUUGACGACAAUUUCCUUGAAGUGGACGAGAUACCGCGGGACGAUCUGCUUGCUGCCGAUGAAUUUGAUGUCAGCAAAUUUUUUAAUUUACCGGACAAUAAGCCUAGAACCAAUAAGGACCCUGAUAAUUAA